GGGCAGCGGGCCGCCUGGUCUCCGCCCCCAAAGGUCGACUGAUUACUAGUGCUGCUCUGAGGUGCCUUCAGCGUGUCUGGUUGCCGUUGCCCUUGCCGCCUCCGCCUCUGCACCAUGGCUUUUGUAACCAGGCAGUUCAUCCGUGCGGCGUCCUCUUCGUCUGUCGCCUCGGCCUCAGCGAAGAAAAUCGUUGUCAAGCACGUGACGGUCAUCGGCGGCGGGCUGAUGGGCGCCGGCAUCGCCCAGGUUGCUGCAGCAACUGGCCACACAGUAGUGUUGGUGGACCAGACAGAGGACCUCCUGGCAAAAUCCAAAAAGAGAAUUGAGGAAAACCUUAGGAAAGCGUCCAAGAAGAAGUUUGCAGAAAACCCCAAGGCUGGCGAGGAGUUUGUGGAGAAGUCCCUGAGCAGCCUAUCGACCAGCACAGACGCGGCGUCUGUAGUCCACAGCACGGACCUGGUGGUGGAAGCCAUCGUGGAGAGCCUGAAGCUGAAGAGCGAGCUCUUCAAGAGGCUGGACAAGUUUGCCGCUGAACACACAAUCUUUGCCAGCAACACUUCCUCUUUACAGAUCACGAGCAUAGCCAAUGCCACCACCAGACAGGACCGAUUCGCCGGGCUCCAUUUCUUCAACCCAGUGCCCUUGAUGAAACUCGUGGAGAUCAUUAAAACACCAAUGACCAGCCAGAAGACCUUUGAAUCUGUAAUAGACUUCAGCAAAUCCCUGGGAAAGCAUCCUGUUUCUUGCAAGGACACGCCUGGGUUCAUUGUGAACCGCCUGCUGGUGCCAUACCUCAUGGAAGCAGUCCGGCUGUAUGAGCGAGGUGAUGCGUCCAAGGAAGACAUCGACAUAGCUAUGAAAUUGGGAGCUGGAUACCCUAUGGGGCCAUUUGAGCUUCUCGAUUAUGUUGGGCUGGAUACUACGAAGUUCAUCAUGGAUGGGUGGCAUGAGUUAGAUGCACAGAACCCCUUGUUUCAGCCCAGCCCAACCAUGAAUAAGCUGGUGGCAGAGAAGAAGCUUGGCAAGAAGACUGGGGAAGGAUUUUACAAGUACAAAUGAUGCACAGCUUCUCUGGCUCCGGGAAGCAAACUCUCCAAGCCUUACCCUCCAUCCUGGACGUGAUACCAGUGUCGUGUCUGUAUUCAGCUCACCUUCAAGAUGCUGCUGCUGGCUGGUGGGUCUAUAUCCCCAUGUUUUUGGCUCCCAGGAAGAGGUUUCACUCACAUCUGAAAUCUGAAUGAUUAUUGUCUGUCUCUCUUUUUUUUUUCAUGAGAAAUCAUUACUGCAAAUUGCCUAUAAAUUGACCCUAAUUAAAAUGCAAUCUUUUAAUCUGUGAAAAUUUGAAUUGAAAUAAACAUGUUUAAUUUAAAAUGAUAA